AUGGCUAAGCCAACAAGUGCAACUCCAUUUAAAAUUCGUGAGAGUACACGAUUUUAUCCUUACUUUAAGGAUUGCAUUGGAGAUAUGGACGGUACACAUAUCCCAGCAAUGGUAGAGAAAAGAAAUGCAGCCGUUUAUCGGAAUCGACAUGGAAUUACAUCUCAAAAUGUGUUAGCGGUUUGCAAUUUCGACUUGGAGUUCAUAUACGUGCUCAGUGGAUGGGAAGGGUCUGCUCAUGAUUCGAAAAUACUUAACGACGCAAUGACAAAAAGUUCAGAUGAGUUUCCGGUCGAGGAAGAGGAAGAGGAAGAUAUCCAUCCAUCAACGCUUGUAAAUGACGAUGAAAUUUUGACACAACAAACUCAAGAACAACAACGUCAAGAAGCUAAUGCAUGGAGAAAGAGUAUAGCGGAUGAU